AUGCGAAACCUUUCCAUACUGUCACAUCGGGCGAUACCGCUGCCAUCGGAGAUUCCGCUCAGAAUCGAAGCCACCGCGACCGACCUCGACGAUGGCUCAGUCUACGCAAUCGCUACUUGCCGCGCCUCUUCCUCUUCCGCCGACGUCACCCUCAGAUUCCUGGAAGCAAGCAAAGACGGCGAUGGCUUCGCGCAAUUCAACUCUCUGCUCGUGCCCGGCCGCCUCCAACCAUUGCCGGGCUCUUCGACAGCCGUCGCUUCUGCAUCAGGUCGAAGCGCUAAGGACGUAAUCGACCUUCACUACCUCUCGGACGGGGGCCAGGAGGCAAGCGGCAAGCCGGCGCUCUGCACCAUCUCAGCUGGCGGCGACUUGCUUCUUCUGCCCAUCUCCAAUGGAUACGAGCUACAAGGGGAGGCGCCACCAACAGAGCCAUCCGUGGUGGGGACUAUCGAGCAAGGAAUAGGAGCUGCGUGCUGGAGUCCAGAUGACGAGCUGCUGGUCAUUGUCACAUCGGAGACGCCGGAGAACAGCUCCUCGACUGGUAGAAGAGAAGGCGAGAAGGUGCUUCUGAUGACCCGGGAUUUUGAAGUGCUCUCCGAGGUCAGCCUCCGCACAGACAGCUUUGGCGAGGAUGAGGCGGUCGACGUCGGCUGGGGAAGCAAAGCCACACAGUUCCACGGGUCAGAAGGCAAAGCUGCAGCGGCUGCAGCGGCCGCCUCUGCUGCCGCGGCUAAGGCGAGCAAGACUGAUACAAGAGGACCCAGGUUACCAGACGACGACGGUGCACCACGCAUCAGCUGGCGCGGUGACGGCACUUUCUUCGCGAUCAGCUCGCUCGAGCCCUUCCACACCUCUGCAGCUGAUGGUAGCGCGGCAAACACAACAUGGCACAGGAUCAUCCGUGUGUACUCGCGAACAGGCGCAUUGUCUGCCACAUCGGAUCCGUCGGUGAGAGGUAUCUCCCAGACUCUCGCUUUUCGUCCUAUUGGCAACCUCAUCGCAAGCACGCAACGAUUCGGUCCGUCAGGCAUCGAAGGGCAAAUGUGGAGCCAGGGCAGGAAAGGACGUCACGAUGUCGUCUUUUUCGAACGCAACGGUCUCCGUCAUGGCGAAUUCAGCCUGCGGGAGGAAUCCGCUUCUCAGCCGGAAGGUUUGCAGUUGGGAUGGAAUGAUUCGCAGAAGGAGAACUCCUGGACGAGAACGCACUACGUGCGAGAGCUAGCGUGGAACGCUGACGGCUCAGCACUCGCGGUGUGGCUCACCCGAUUGGAUGCCGCAUCAGAACAAGGAGGUUCUGCCCACGACGUCGUUCAGAUCUUCACAACGGGCAACAACCACUGGUACCUCAAGCAAGAGUUCGUAGCUCCAGUCGGUGACGGCGGCGUCGAGCAAGUCAGAUGGCAUUCCGAGGACCCAUUGCAGCUGUCAAUAGCCCAUUCGAACCGCAUCGAGCAGCGAGUGUUCACACACGAAACCGUGGCUUCGACCGGUCGGCCCCCCGUCGACGUCGCCUGCGUUGCUGUAGCCGACGGUGCUGCAACUUCGUUGACCCCGUUCCGCAUGCAGAACGUGCCACCGCCGAUGGCCUCCCUCAGCCUCCUCACGCCUCCUGCUGACCCGUCGAUACGCGCAAGUGCAGCAGGAGCCGUUACUGUGCCUUGCCACACGGCUUGGUCGCAGGCUUCAGGUCGCUCGGUCGACGAUGCCGUGGGCCUCCUGGCAGCCCUCUACCCGAAUGGCUGCAUUCAGGUGUGGCGUUUCGACUGGGGCGUUCUCGGCAGCGAGCUCAAGGUAGGAGGGAGGCCCGUAGCUGAACCGAGGCUGAUUGCGACGGCGCAGCUUGCCGUCCCACAAAACGAGGGUUCGAGCGCCUAUCAGAUCGCCAUCGCAAGCUGGGCCACACCUUCGCUUGCGGAAUGUGAAGCAAGCAAGAUCUCGGUUGCCAUCCUCAGCUCCACAUCACAGGGUGCACAGGUUGAUCGCAUAGACCUGGUUCAAGGCAAAGUCGGGGAGCCCUACCAGGCUCAGACACACGCUGCUGUCUCAGUUCCUGGGCAUGGCAAGAAGAGAGUCGUGUCGGAUCCGUUUGUUCCAGUCUCGACCUCGCCGCCCCGGUUCUACCUCGAAAACGAGGACGGUGCCGUCCAUCUUGUCGGCGGGAAUGACUUGCAGCUCGUGACCAAGCUCGAGCGCUUCUGCUCCGACCUUCGCAUCCUUGCGAGCGGUACGUCCGGCCAGCAGAGCAAGGUGAUCGGUCUCGCCUCAAACGGUCGACUGCUCGCCGAAAGUCAGGUCAUCGCCAAAGAUGCCACCUCCUUCACACUCGUCGGCAGCUUCCUGGUCUGGACCAACACAUCGCACGAAGCGCGCUUCCUACCCCUCACAUCACUGCAGUGGACGAUGACCGACGCGGGACGUGACACAUCCGAAGCGGUCGACCUCGGCAGGCGGGUGGAGCGCGGCAGUCGUAUCGUCACCGCCGUCCCCUCGUCCAUGUCGCUCAUCCUCCAGAUGCCUAGAGGCAACCUCGAGACGAUCUACCCACGACCGUUGGUGCUCGAAGUGGUGCGACGCAACAUCCACGCACGACGCUUCGGUGCAGCCUUCCGCAUCUGCCGCACGCACCGAAUGGACGUCAACAUCCUCUGCGACCACAAUCCCUCGUCAUUCAUGGCCAACGUAGCGUCGUUCGUGGAGCAGGUGGCCGACGUGGACUAUCUCAACCUCUUCCUCUCCGGCCUGCGCGAUGAGGACGUCACUACGACGCUGUACAAGCCUCUCACCUCCGCCUCCACCACCACCACCACCUCUGCAGUUGGCAAGGUGAACCGCGUCUGCGACGCCAUCCGUUCCGUCCUCCUCGGGCUCGACCAGCGAAAGUACAUCCAAUCCAUCCUCACAACGCACGUGCGCAAGCAGCCAGCCGACUACGAGUCCGCCCUCACCCUCCUCCUCCACCUCAAAGAGACAGACCCCGAGGUAACAGAAGACGCAGUGAAAUACAUCGUCUUCCUCGCCGAUGCGGACAAGCUGUUCGACGUCGCCCUGGGCAUGUACGAUUUCACGCUGACGCUCAUGAUCGCGCAGCACACGCGGAAGGAUCCACGGGAAUACCUGCCGUUCUUGCGCGAGCUGCGGAGCCUUACCCCGCGCGAGUACCAGCGAUUCCGCAUUGACGAUCACCUGUUCCGCCGGCCCAAGGCGCUAGGGUGGCUCGUUCAGGCAGGGCCAGAACAUCACAAGCAGGCAUUGGAGUAUACGGACAAGCACAAGCUGUACCACGAGGCGCUGGACCUGUACUCCCCCGAGGGAGGGUCUCGAUUGAGGGACGCGUACGAUCUGUUUGGCGAAUAUCUGCUCACGCGACGCAAGUACGAGGAUGCCGGGUCGGCAUUUCAGCUUGCCCACCGGGGGCGCAAGGCGAUGGAUGCGUAUCGACAGAGUCUGAAUUGGGCCGAGGCGAUCCGGUUGGCGUUUGUGGAGAAGUUGUCGCCGGGGGAGAUUGUGACCUUGGCGAAAGGGUUGGUGGAUGAGCUAGAGAGUUCGCGUCGGUUUGUCGAGGCGGCGAGGUUGUGUUUGGACUACACGCGGGAUGUUGAGUCUGCGGUCUCGCUCUUGUGCCGGGGGAACGAGUUUGCGGAGGCUAGACGGGUGCUUACCACCUACGCCAGGGUGGAUCUCGUCGAGGUCACACUCCAUCCACUGCUCGUAGAAGCGGCGACGACUCUAGAGGAUGAUAUCGGGGAGAUGUCCGACCAGCUCACCAAGCAGAUCGACCGGAUUGGGGAGCUCCGCCUCAAACGCGCACAAGCUCCCGAGGGCGAUUUCGGGGAAGACGAUCCGGCACUGGAAAACGUCGAUAUCAUGUCGGACACGUCGACGCAGAUGACGCAGUUCACGCGCUACACGCGCGCCACAACCAUCGCCACCCAGUCCUCGCUCGCCACAUUCAGCACCCGGUCAGGGAGCAGGAAGAAGGAGGCCAAGCUGCGGAAGAAGGCGGAGCGCGCCAAAGCCGGUGGUAAGAAGGGGACGGUGUUCGAGGAGGACUAUCUGUACGAGAGCGUUCAGAAGUUGAUCAAGGAUCGACUUGGUGCGGCGCAGAAGGAGGUGGGGAAGGUGUUGCCGCAGCUGUUCUGCGCAGGAUCGAGCGCGGUGAGGGCUCGGGCAGCGGAGGUGAGCCAGGCACUGGUUGAGUUCGAGAAGCGAGCAAAUGAGGCGGUGGACAAGCUGUGGGGAUGGAGUAAGGAGGAUGACGAUGCGCGCUUCGACGAGCUGGUCCGGUUCGAGCAGGACAUCCUGGGCGGCAAGGUGGGCGAGAAUCCCAUGGCGGCUGCGAUGGCAUUUAGAACAAUCGCGAACCGACGUGUGCCAAGGCCUAAGUUGGAGGUGGCGGACCACAAGUGGCGCCUUGUACUGCUCGAUCGGGCUGCCGAGUAG